AAUCAAACAUCCGUUAUUGAAUCAUCAUUAUCAAAACAUUCAACAACAUUAACACGAAAGAAUAUUGUUUCAUUUAAUGGUGGUAAUGAAUUUGCAAUGGAGAAUGGUUAUCAUAACUAUCAACAACAACAACAACAACAACAGCAGCAGCAGCAACAACAUCCACCAUUAUCAUCAUCAUCAUCUUGUUCAUCCUCAAUAUCAUCCUCAUCGAUAUCAUCAACAACGAACAAUAACAGUAGCAACAAUGUUAAUGUCAUCGAAAUUUCCCAAUACAACAAUAAUAACAACAACAGGACAAUGAAUGAUACAUCAUCAUCAAUGAUGAAGAAUCCUGCACCGACAUAUGUAUCAGUUGAACCAAAAUCGAUUCAUACACCUUCAACCAUAGAGGUAGCUCCCCCUCCUCCUCCACCACCGCCACCGCCUCCGAUGGUUCCACCUCAUCUAAAAAUCCCACCAAAGCCAACAAUAUCUGUGAAACCGGAAUCAUUAUCAAACGGUGUGAAUAGAACUGUUCAACCAUUUUAUGAGAGUAAAAUGACACAAUCAAAUCCAAAUCUAAGUAAUCUAUGCAAUAAUAAUAAUAGUCGACAACCACCAUCAUCAAAUCUUAUCGAUGAAAUGGCACAAACAUUGGCUAAACGACGAGCAAAAAUUGAAGAAAAUGAACAAUCAAAUGUAGAUCAUUGUAAUAAAUCGAAUGAUUCGAUGAUGAUAACUCCCACAAGUCGACAACAGCCUGGAGCAACAUCACCAAUCAAAUGUUAUAAUUCAGUCAAUUCAACCAUACGACGAUUAAAUUCAAUCAGUAAUGGUUCAUCAUCAUCAUCUAAUCAUAAUGGUGUUGCUAAUAAUCAUCGUCAAAAUGGCAAAAGUUCAACAAUGAAUACUAAUUUACGAAUGAAUUCACAAUCAUUGAUAAAUAUUGCCAAUGGUGUUCGUUCUAAUGGCCAUCAAUUUCGGGCGCAAUCGCCGGCGCCACCACCACCACCGUUGGCUGCUCCACCUUUACCACCGAUUGUUCCAAAUAUGAACGGAUCAUCAUCAUCAUCAUCAUCGCAAACAUCAUAUGAUCGUCUUAAAGAAGAAAUAAUGCAAGAAUUUCGUCAAGAAUUAAUACAAUUCAAACGUGAAUUACUAAAUGCCAUUCGACUAGAAAUUUCCAGCACUUUAAAUGGUGAUAAUCGUACAUAAUCUCGAUGCUGAUGAUCAUAUAUUUGGACCAUCAAAAAGAAAAAAAAAUGAUGAAAAGUGAUUGGAAGAAUACAUUUGAAAAUAAUAUGCAUUU